CCGGGAACAGCCGCGCGAGGUGGUGGUCCGCCGGAUGGCUCUUCGUCCGGGAAACCCUGCGGGGGUUCCCCUCUCCGCCCCCUUUCGCGGGCCGAGCCACGACCUGGGCACCCGCGGAAGCGCCAGGAUCCCGCCGAGGCCCGUCCAGGAUAAACGGGCGAAGAGAACCACAGCGAUCGGAUCGCUACCUCGCAUGGCGUGGCUGCCGGUAAUACGGAAGAAGCCGUUGUUAGCCGCUUCGAGAGCUUCCCCGCUGAUCACCCCGAUAAACACCGCGACUGCUCCGCAGAGCGGACCAGACAGGUUAUGGAGAGGAGAGAGGUGCCGCUCGUCUGGAUUUAAGCAUGGAGAUUCUUUGUGGGAGAGACUUCGAGGAUAAUGCGGCAGCGACCUUCGCCGCUGCAUGGGAUUAUAUCCAAUCACGCAACAUUUUAUGGAUGGACCUUGAUCUACGAAUCCGGCCAAUCCAAGCUCUUCCAUCGUCCUGGCGAAGGAUUGAUACUUGACAUAAUUUAGCGCGUUGAUUAGAUGUUUUGUACGUGUAUUUCUUGUUUUAUGGUACUGUAGGACAGUUUUAAUAUAUAUCUGACAAGGGU